CCUCGGGCUCCCCGGCUCUCAUUGAUCACUCGGCUUGAUCAGAAAUUGAUCCUCUUUGUUCAAUUCAUCGAUCAGCCCAAGAUGGCGCCGGAGCCGCCAGCCGCCACCAACAUCUUUGCCCCCCGGUGUCUGCCCCCUUCAACCCCGGAGGGUGUCUUCCUCCCCACCAUCAUCGCCAUCAUCAUCCUCAUCGUCCUCUCCGCCGCCGCCGCCUACCCCGCGCGCUGUCGUUGUCGCGGGACCCCGGUGGAGAGGAGGGGGGAGCGGCGGUCCCCCCCCCCCCACGGGGGCUCAGUGGGAACUCGCGCGCGCUAAAGAGGGGGACGCGCCACGGGGUGGCUCUGGAGGGGUGGCAGGGCUGCAAAGAAGGGGAGCUGCGGGACGCUAGUCGCCCUCGCGCCAGUCACGUCCUUCCUUCCCCCCGGCUCAGCCCCGGCGUAUUCCCGGGGAAAGUUUGUGGGGAGUUGCUGGUGGGGGGUGAAGCGCCUGUCUCUCUCUCUCUUUCCUCUGUCUCCUGGAGGAGAGAGUCGCGGACCGCCGCCGCCGCCACUGCCCCGCCGGCGCGGCGGAGCUGGAGCUGGUGGCGCUGUGGUGCCGCCGGCUCCGGGGGAGGGUCAGAUCGGCCACCGGCGGCUGGCGGCGGCGGCGGCGACGGCCAGGCUGGCGGGUGGCCCCUUGUCGUGGAGACGGCGGGUGGCUUGGAGCUCCUGGCUGCUCCUCGAUCGGUCCCCUUGGGCCCAGCUGCCACCAUUCCUCUUUCCACUACUCCCGUAAGGGAUUGUCAACCGGUGUCGCCCCGGCCAGGGCACCGGCUCCCCGGUGUGGCGGGUCCCUCCCCCACCCCGUUUGUUUACGUCCCGGGGCCAACCCGCAAGCCCCGCGCUCUUUUGUGUGUCUUCUGCGUGAAAGUGACUGCGGAGCUGGAUCUGUCCCCCUUUUUUGCGCCCGGGGACUUCCCCGGGAAGGGGUUGUGGGGGAAGCUUUGGAAGGGAAAAACUUGGCUUGCGGGGGGACACCGGUGGGUCGCGCAGAGUGCGGGAUCGGCCCCGGAGAAGGGAGAAGGUGCGGGAGGAAGGCUGCAACUUUCCACCGAGCGCAGGCCGCUGCGUGACCCGGUCUCGGGGCGCUUUUCCUCCGGGGUCACCGAUCGGUGCAGCCAGACUUAGCUGCGUGUCUCAGGGACUUCCCGGGCUCCCCCCUCGGUGACCGAUAGCUUGCAUCACUCCAGCCCCUCACUCUUUUUCGCGAGGGGUGUGUUCUGUCCUCUCUGCAAAGGGGCCCCAGGAGCUAUGGAGCGCGCGUCAGGUCCGCUCCGAGCUGCCUUCUCCAGCCCGGUUCUGGAAAGCAAAGCCCCGGGGGCCCCGCUGGANUGUAAGGAGACUGAUUGUGGUUCCCCGUCGCCUCGAGGGGAUGGUAUCGGGGCUUCCCAAUCCGCGGCGGAGCUGCCUGCGUGCCCAGAGGAUGCUAUUCUGCCUGCCACCCCUCAUCGGAACCAGCUGCUCGCCCUCGGGGUCCUCCCUGCUAGUGCUAGCUCCGCGUUCGCGGCGGCGCCUGGACAGCCCCAGGAUUCUGCCAGGUGGAUGUUGUGCGUAGCCGGAGCCAAGUUGAAGAGAGAACUUGAUGCCACCGCAACAGUAUUGGCAAACAGGCAAGAUGAGAGCGAACAGUCCAGAAAGCGGCUCAUUGAGCAGAGCCGAGAAUUCAAGAAGAACACUCCAGAGGAUUUACGCAAGCAGGUAGCACCACUGCUCAAGAGCUUCCAAGGGGAGAUUGAUGCACUGAGUAAAAGAAGCAAAGAAGCAGAGGCAGCCUUCUUGACUGUGUACAAGAGACUAAUUGAUGUUCCAGAUCCGGUACCAGCCCUGGACGUCGGGCAACAGCUGGAAAUAAAAGUGCAGCGUCUACACGACAUUGAAACAGAGAACCAGAAACUUAGGGAAACACUAGAAGAGUACAACAAGGAGUUUGCUGAAGUGAAGAAUCAAGAGGUUACGAUAAAAGCACUUAAGGAGAAAAUCCGAGAAUACGAGCAGACCCUGAAGAGUCAGGCCGAGACCAUCGCUCUGGAGAAGGAGCAGAAGCUACAAAAUGAUUUUGCAGAGAAGGAGAGAAAGCUGCAAGAGACACAGAUGUCCACCACCUCAAAACUGGAGGAAGCUGAGCACAAACUCCAGACUCUGCAAACAGCCCUGGAAAAAACUCGAACAGAAUUAUUUGACCUGAAAACCAAAUAUGAUGAAGAAACUACUGCAAAGGCCGAUGAGAUCGAGAUGAUCAUGACUGACCUUGAACGAGCCAACCAGAGGGCAGAGGUGGCACAGAGAGAGGCAGAAAGUUUAAGGGAACAGCUCUCAUCGGCCAAUCACUCUCUCCAACUGGCCUCGCAGAUCCAGAAGGCUCCAGAUGUGGAGCAGGCCAUAGAGGUGCUGACCCGAUCCAGCCUAGAAGUAGAGUUGGCUGCCAAAGAGCGGGAGAUCGCCCAGCUGGUGGAAGAUGUGCAGCGACUCCAGGCCAGCCUCACCAAGCUACGUGAGAAUUCCGCCAGCCAGAUCUCACAGCUGGAGCAGCAACUGAAUGCCAAGAAUAGCACACUCAAACAACUGGAAGAAAAACUCAAAGGCCAGGCUGACUAUGAAGAAGUGAAGAAAGAGCUGAACACCCUGAAGUCCAUGGAGUUUGCACCGUCGGAGGGAGCAGGGACACAGGACUCUACCAAGCCCCUGGAGGUUUUACUCCUGGAGAAGAACCGCUCGCUGCAGUCCGAGAAUGCCACGCUGCGCAUCUCCAACAGUGACCUGAGCGGGUCAGCCAGGAGAAAAGGGAGAGACCAGCCUGAGAGUCGGCGCCCGGGACCCUUGCCGGCCUCCCCUCCUCCUCAGUUGCCCCGCAACACGGGGGAACAGGUUUCCAAUACUAACGGUACACACCACUUCUCACCAGCGGGGUUAAGUCAAGACUUUUUCAGCUCAAACCUGGCCAGCCCCAGCCUACCCCUGGCUUCUACAGGAAAGUUUGCACUAAACUCUCUUCUCCAGCGACAGCUAAUGCAGUCCUUCUACUCCAAGGCCAUGCAGGAAGCCGGAAGCACAAGCACCAUUUUUUCAACAGGUCCUUACAGCACAAACUCCAUAUCUUCCCCAAGUCCAUUACAACAAAGCCCAGAUGUAAAUGGCAUGGCCCCAUCUCCCAGCCAAUCAGAAAGCGCUGGGAGCGUCUCAGAGGGCGAGGAAAUUGAUACCGCAGAGAUCGCCCGGCAGGUCAAAGAGCAGCUCAUCAAGCACAACAUUGGCCAGCGCAUCUUCGGACAUUACGUCCUGGGACUGUCGCAAGGCUCUGUGAGCGAGAUCCUGGCCCGGCCCAAGCCCUGGAACAAGCUGACUGUCCGUGGCAAGGAGCCAUUCCACAAGAUGAAGCAGUUCCUGUCUGAUGAGCAGAACAUCCUGGCACUCCGUAGCAUCCAAGGCAGACAGAGAGAGAAUCCAGGCCAGAGCCUGAACAGACUCUUUCAGGAAGUACCGAAACGAAGAAAUGGGUCUGAAGGUAACAUCACCACCCGGAUCCGAGCAUCUGAGACUGGUUCUGAUGAAGCCAUCAAGUCCAUCCUGGAACAAGCCAAGAGGGAACUACAAGUGCAGAAAACCGCUGAGCCAGUCCAGACAUCUUCCACGUCCAGCAGUGGGAAUUCUGACGAUGCCAUCCGCUCCAUCCUACAGCAGGCCCGCCGGGAAAUGGAGGCCCAGCAGGCUGCCCUUGACCCUGCCUUAAAGCCAGCACCACUGUCCCAGCCCGACCUCACCAUCCUCACCCCCAAGCACCUGUCUGCCUCACCCAUGUCUACUGUGUCCACUUACCCACCUCUUGCCAUCUCCCUGAAGAAAACCCCUGCAGCACCUGAGGCCAGUACCACAGCCUUGCCCAGUGCCCCAGCUCUCAAAAAAGAGGCUCAGGAUGUACCCACACUGGACCCACCAGGAUCAGCUGAUGCUGCCCAGGGAGUGCUGAGGCCGGUGAAGAGUGAGCUAGUCCGUGGCAGCACCUGGAAGGAUCCCUGGUGGAGCCCUAUACAGCCUGAAAGAAGAAAUCUCACUUCUUCCGAAGAGACCAAGGCUGAUGAAACAAUUGCAAGUGGGAAAGAAAGGGCAGGCAGCAGCCAGCCUCGGGCUGAGCGCAGCCAGCUUCAGGGACCCUCAGCAUCCGCAGAGUACUGGAAAGAGUGGCCCAGUGCUGAGUCCCCAUACUCCCAGAGCUCAGAGCUGAGCCUCACUGGAGCCAGCCGCAGUGACACACCCCAGAAUAGCCCUCUGCCCUCUUCCCCAAUUGUGCCCAUGGCGAAGCCAGCCAAGCCUUCAGUGCCCCCGCUGACUCCUGAGCAGUACGAGGUCUACAUGUAUCAGGAAGUGGACACUAUAGAGCUCACUCGGCAGGUCAAAGAGAAGCUGGCCAAGAACGGCAUUUGCCAGAGGAUCUUUGGNGAGAAGGUAAGAGACUUCACUGUCNGGGACAGGCAUGGCUUCCCAUCUAUUCUUGGGAAUGGGGACAAAGUGUCCACCCUGUACAAUACAACCAUCAUAGGAAUACUAAAUGUCACCAACUCCCAAAAUUCUAGAGUCCUCCAUUCCGUGGCGUCUCUGCAGGACCCCCUCCAGCAGGGCUGUGUGAGCUCAGAAAGCACUCCAAAGACCUCUGCCAGCUGCAGCCCUGCCCCUGAGUCCCCAAUGAGUUCCAACGAAUCUGUGAAGAGUCUCACCGAGCUGGUCCAGCAGCCCUGUCCCACCAUUGAGACCAGCAAAGAAGGCAAACCACCAGAGCCCAGCGAGCCGCCCACCUCAGACUCCCAGCCCACAACGCCGCUGCCUCUCUCUGGACACUCAGCCCUCAGCAUACAAGAAUUAGUCGCCAUGUCUCCUGAGCUGGACACGUACGGCAUAACCAAGAGGGUCAAAGAGGUGCUGACAGACAACAACCUCGGUCAGCGCUUAUUUGGGGAGACCAUUUUGGGGCUCACCCAGGGUUCUGUCUCCGACCUCCUUGCCCGCCCAAAGCCUUGGCAUAAGCUUAGUCUGAAAGGACGGGAACCCUUUGUCCGCAUGCAGCUAUGGCUGAACGACCCCAACAAUGUGGAGAAGCUGAUGGACAUGAAGCGGAUGGAGAAGAAAGCCUACAUGAAGAGGCGACACAGCUCUGUCAGUGACAGUCAGCCUUGUGAGCCCCCCUCUGUGGGUAUUGACUACAGCCAGGGCGCCAGCCCCCAGCCACAACACCAGCUGAAGAAACCUCGAGUGGUGCUGGCUCCAGAGGAGAAGGAAGCGCUGAAGCGAGCAUAUCAGCAGAAGCCAUAUCCAUCACCAAAAACCAUCGAGGAACUUGCCACACAACUCAACCUGAAGACCAGCACCGUCAUCAACUGGUUCCAUAAUUACAGGUCUCGGAUCCGCAGAGAACUGUUCAUUGAGGAGAUUCAAGCUGGAAGCCAGGGCCAGGCUGGUGCCAGCGACUCACCUUCAGCUCGAAGUAGCCGCGCUGCACCCAGCUCGGAAGGUGACAGCUGUGACGGCGUGGAAGCCACUGACGCCGAGGAGCCAGGUGGCAACAUAGUGGCCACCAAGUCUCAGGGAGGGCUGGCAGAGGUGGCCGCAGCCCCGGCAGACCGGGAAGAAGCGACGCAGCCGGCCGAGAAGGCGAAGGCACAGCCACUAUGCUCGGGGACCCCAGGACAGGACGACGGUGAAGACGCAGGCCGGCCUAGGCCACCUNCCGAGGGCCUCGCCGACGCCCCAGCGCCCNUGCCAAGCCUCGCCGCACCCGCGGCCGGAGAGGACGCCGCUACCUCAGCCACUGCCCCGGCCCCGGCCACGGCCACCGAGGCCCCCGGGGCGGCCAGGGCGGGCCCUGCCGAGAGGAGUUCUGCGUUGCCAAGCACCAGCGCGCCUGCCAACGCGCCUGCGCGAAGGCCUAGCUCACUGCAGAGCCUCUUCGGUCUGCCCGAGGCCGCGGGCGCCCGGGACAACCCGGUGCGGAAGAAGAAGGCUGCGAACUUGAACAGCAUCAUCCACCGCCUGGAGAAGGCCGCCAGCCGGGAGGAGCCCAUCGAAUGGGAGUUCUGAGGGCGCCGGGCCUCCGGGCCUGACCAGCAGGGCCUCGCCGGGCCUNGCCGGGCCUCGCUGGGCCCACCUGCGCCUAGCAGGUCCCCCGGGCCCAGUCAGCACCGGCAGUGUGGGCUGGGGCCGGCGGGUGUGCAGGGCUGUGCCAGCCGAGGCCUGGACGUGUUGCGCACUUACAGCCCUGCGGGCCACAGGGCAAAAUCGCCAUAGGCCAAGGUGCAUAUAGAAAACAAAGGAGCAUUAAGCCCAAUCUAUGUCGUGUUUUCAAGGAAGAAAACGGAAAUGUGUAGUCAA